UUCCAAUUACUCUCCCUUAUCACCAGCAUUUAGAAAUUUACAUUAAUUUUCUCGGCAAACAAAUACAUCUCCUCGAUCUCAAAUCUCAGAAAUGGCUCGUACCAAGCAAACAGCAAGGAAGUCCACCGGUGGUAAGGCGCCACGUAAGCAGCUGGCUACCAAGGCCGCUCGCAAGUCAGCCCCGGCGACCGGAGGAGUGAAGAAGCCUCACCGUUUCAGGCCUGGAACUGUGGCAUUGAGAGAGAUCAGAAAGUACCAGAAGAGCACAGAACUUCUGAUCCGCAAGCUUCCAUUUCAGAGACUUGUGAGAGAAAUUGCUCAGGAUUUCAAAACCGAUUUGAGGUUCCAAAGCAGUGCCGUUGCGGCUCUUCAGGAAGCGGCAGAGGCGUAUCUCGUCGGUCUCUUUGAGGACACAAAUCUCUGUGCGAUCCACGCAAAGAGAGUCACCAUCAUGCCUAAAGACAUUCAACUUGCACGGAGGAUUAGAGGUGAGAGAGCUUAGAGAGGCGCUCUUUACUGAAUCUGUUUGAUAGAGUUUUAGAAGAUCUGAAUCUCUGCUCAUUGCUACGGUUUCCAUUUUUCAGAUCUCGAUAUGUAAAUCUUCUGAUUUUAAACGAAAAAUAUGGAUCUCUUUAUCAAA